GCAGCAGCAGCAGCGCAGACCGUACCGAACGCUCCCCUCCGCCGGACUGUGAACUUCUGGAGGCGCUCGACGACGACGACGAGGAGCUGAGCGCGACUGGAGCGCGAGAAAGCGUUCCGCCAGAGCCGCCGGUUGGCUCGGAACAUUCCGGACCCGCGGAUGCCUCGCAGGAGAGGCGCCACGAGGGGGGCUGCGCGGGCUCCAAGCUGGACACCAUCCCGGAAGUGUCCUUUAACGAGACCGCCGACGAAACGGGAGCAGCGGAGAGACCGGGCCAAGUGGACAAGGACGCGGCUACUCCGCCGGCAUCGCUGACCCCGAGGGAAACCGGAGAAUCUUCCGCACCCGCCGGGAGGGCAGUCGGCGCCGAGCCCCCGGGCACAAACGACGCGGCCCCUGACCGAGGAGCGGAGGGACAGCUGGGGCUGACGGAGGCGGAGGAGUUCUGCUCCAAGAUGGAGGCCAUCGAGGAGGAGGAGGGCGUGGAGGGCGGGAGGUGUGAGCCGUCUCCACCCGCCCCCUUAGAGAGCGCCGAGCAGCAGGAGGCCCCCAGUGAGGAGAGUGCCGUCAAGCUACGCGUACGCAAGAGCUCCAGGGAGGAGCGGGAGCGUUCCCGUCUGGACUCCAUGGUUCUGCUGAUCAUGAAGCUGGACCAGCUGGACCAGGAGAUCGAGAGCGCGCUGAGCAGCACCUCCUCCAAGGGCAGCACCCCGUCCCUCAGGCGGAAGGGCCUCUCGGAGAUGGACUUGGCCACUCUGAGCGAGGCCGGCAGUGUGUGUGCGUCCACCCAGUCCCUCCACUCGCCUCUUCAUCGCCUGUCCUCGUCCUCAUCCUCCACCGGCCCCGCAGGUCCCUCGGGGGCCCGACCCAAGAGUGGGACGCUGGCGGUCGUCUCAGAGAAAGAUAAAGCGGAGAUCGAGGCCAAAGAGGCGUGCAACUGGCUGCGGGCCGCAGGCUUCCCUCAGUACGCACAGCUCUAUGAAGAUGGCCAGUUCCCGAUGGAGAUCUCCUCCGUCACCAGGGACCAUGACUUCCUGGACGGUGAUGCCAUUGAGGCGCUGUGCAGGAGACUGCAUACACUCAACAAAUGUGCUUUGAUGAGGCUGGACGUGUCCCCUCAGAGAAAGAGGAGCGAUGAUUCAGACGAGGACGAGCCCUGUGCCAUCAGCGGCCGCUGGACCUUCCAGAGGGACAGCAAGCGCUGGUCGCGCAUGGACGAGCUGGACGUCUUCUCUCCGCCGGGGGUGCCUGGCGAGUCGCCCUUCCCCAGCGAGGAGCACCUGCGGCAGGGCGUGAGCACCGAGAGCGUCCUGACCGACCUGAGCGAGCAGCCGGAGGUGGGCUCCCUGCACAGCGGCGGCAGCGGCGGCGGGAGCGACCGGAAGGACGGCGCGUCCGAGUCCGAGCGAGGCGGGCGACGACUGCCGAGCGGCGCGCCGUCCAGCCCCGGGGGCGGGGUGGGCGUGGUCUCCGCGACGACGGGAGCGUCCGGCAGCGGCAGCGGCGGCGCCACCCGCGCCAGCUCGGUGGCCAGCGUGUGCUCGUCCGCCACGUCGGGCGCCAACGAGGACUCGCUCUCCGACGGCCUGCCCUCGCCCCUGGAGAUGCGCAGCUUCUCGUUCGAGGUGAAGUCGUGCGGCGAGGAGCGAGCGGGCAGUGGCGGCGGGAAGAGCGGAGGAGGAGGAGGAGGAGGAGGAGGAGGUGGCAGCACGAGCACGCGCUCGAGGGCCAAGAGCUUCCUGAAGCGCAUGGAGAGCCUGCGGCUGCGCGGCGGCACGCUGACCCGCAAGAGCAAGAAGCCGCGCUCCAAGCUGGACAUCAGCGGGCCCGUGGGCAUCCAGGAGGGCCUGGACGAGGAGAAGCUGCGGCGCCUCAACUGCGUGGACAUCCACCCGCUCCACGACCAGAACCACAACCACCACAGCGACGGCGUUAGUGGCGUCGGGGUCGGCGGAGGUGUGGUCAGCGGAGGGGUCAGCAGCCACGGCCGCCACCGCAGCGUGUCCUACUUCACGCAGACCAGCAGCGGCAGCGCGGGCAGCAGCCAGUCAGAGGGCGGCAGCAGCGGGUCGGCGGUCAGCACGCCCAGUCCGGUGACCAGGGCGCGCAGCCACAGCACGGCGGCGGGCGGCACGGGCUCCAAGCGGGGGGGCAUGUACCUGGAGGGCUUCGACCCGUUCAACCUGCACCUGCAACCGGACCAGCACCGCGCCCAGAACGACCAGCACAACCUGAACACCGUCCAGAACGCCAACCGCAACCUGGACCUCAACAAGAACCAGAGCGGCACGCUGCCCGCUGACCACGGCGUGGUGGUCCAGAACCGCCGCAACAGCAAGAAGUCCGCCUCCAAGUACGAGCCGGCCAACGGGGACGAGGCAGAGGAGGAGGAGGAGGAGGACGAGGAAGGGGUCAUCUUCUUCUACCUGCCCGAGGGCCACAAGCCCGGGACCUUCCCCAAGGCGCUCGCCGACGGCGGGCAGAAGCGGCACGGAGUGGACAGCGGCGCGUCCACCAUCCGGCGCCGGCCGCGACGGGGCUCCUCGGCCUCCCUGGACAGUCGCCUCAGCGUCUACGACAACGUGCCGGCCGCGCUGGCCCGGGGCAGGGAGGAGGACGACGGCGAGGUCAGCGGCGGCGAGCGCAAGCUGGAGGACGUGCUGAAGGACGUGAGCGGACUCCAGCGGCUGGUCAACGCCUGGACGGAGGCGGCCGCCGCCGGGGAGGAGGACGAGGAGGUGGACGAGGAGGAGGACGAGGAAGAGGAGGAGGAGGAGGACGGAGACUCGGACUCGGCCCUGGACUCGGCCUCGCCCUGCCCGUCCUCGCCGCUGCAGAACCGGCUGGAGGAGGAGAACGCCAGCGACCAGGACAGCACGGGGAACCCGGUCGGAGAACGCGAGAGGAGGGACUCUGGAGUCGGGGCCUCCCUCACACGGGCCAACAGGCCCCAGAAGCUGCGCUGGCCCAGUUUCCAGAGCUCCCACAGGCCGAGUGUGUCGUCGUCGCUGCUGCAGAUCGGCUGCCAGUCGGUGCUGCAGAUGAACCUGCUGCAGAAGUACAGCCUGCUCAAGCUCACCGCCCUGCUGGAGAAACACACCCCCACCAACAAGCACGGCUUCAGCUGGGCUGUGCCCAAGUUCAUGAAGCGCAUGAAGGUGAGGGACUACAAGGACAGGAAUGUGUUUGGCGUCCCCCUGCAUGUGAACGUCCAGCGGACGGGUCAGCCACUGCCCCAGAGCAUCCAGCAGGCCAUGCGCUACCUCCGCAGCCAGUGCCUGGACCAGGUGGGCUUGUUCAGGAAGUCGGGCGUGAAGUCCCGCAUCCAGGCGCUGCGCCAGAUGAACGAGGCCUGUGCUGCCGAUGGGGGCGGAGUCAGCUACGAGGGCCAAUCGGCUUACGACGUGGCCGACAUGCUGAAGCAGUAUUUCAGAGACCUGCCCGAGCCCCUCUUCACCACCAAGCUGGCAGACACCUUCCUGCAGAUCUACCAAUACAUGCCUAAGGAGCAGCGUCUCCAGGCGGUGCGGGCGGCGGUGCUGCUGCUCCCGGACGAGGCGCGCGAUGCCCUGCAGACGCUGCUGUGCUUCCUGAGCGACGUGACCGCCAGCGUGGCCGACAACCAGAUGACCUGCACCAACCUGGCCGUGUGCCUGGCCCCCUCGCUCUUCCACCUCAACACGCUGCGCCGAGACAGCUCCUCGCCCAGGGUGAUGAAUAGGAAGCAGAACCUAGGUAAACCUGACCAGAGGGACUUGAAUGAGAACUUGGCUGCUACUCACGGUCUGGCCCACAUGAUCCAGGAGUGCCGCAAACUCUUCCAGAUCCCCGAGGAGAUGAGUCACUGUAGGAACUCGUACGUGGAGCAGUGCCUGAGCCCCGUGCGUAUGGAGGAGCUGCUGGAGGGGUGCGGGCCGCAGGGCUAUCGCUCCCACCUGCGGGACGGCCUGGACGGCCUGCUCAAGGAGGCCAAGGACAAGUUCCGCGGCUACGACAGCGUGUCCACGCCAGAGCCUGCUGAACUCGCAUACAAGAAGGUGCACGACGGCUCCCCGCUGCGUCUGUGGAAGGCGUGCGUGGAGGUGGCUGCGUCGGCGGAGGAGGUGCUGUCGCGCGUGCUGAGGGAGCAGCAGCGCUGGGACGAGGACCUGCUGGAGGGCCGCGUGGUGGAGACGCUGGAGGAGCGCGCCGAGGUCUACCAGUACGUGCGCAACAGCAUGGCCCCGCACCCACCCAGAGACCACGUGGUGCUCAGGACGUGGAUGACCGAGCUGCCCAAGGGUGCGUGUGCCCUGGUGAGCGCGUCGGUGGAUCACGACCGGGCAGCAGUGAUGGGCGUGCGUGCCAACGUCCUGACCUCCCGCUACUACAUGGAGCCCUGCGGCCAGAACAAGACCCGCCUCACGCUCAUCUCCAGGGUGGACUGCCGGGGUCGAUUCCCAGAGUGGUACAAUAAGCUCUAUGGACACCAGUGUGCUGCGGAGGUAGUUCGGAUCAGAGACUCCUUCACCUCCCCUAUGGACAAAUAAGUCCCUUUCUCCUUCGCCCUUCGUCUCUUGAGAGUCUAACGGAGGAAGGUGGAUGAUGAGGACGAAAACGACUCCUCCGCCGACACGGCUGCUAUCUCUUGAGCAGACUCAGUGGCUUGAGAGUAUUUCUGGACAACGGAACGUCGCUAUACAGUUCUUAUUUUUUUGUUUAUCUCUACACUACAUUGGACUGACAGGUCAAAGGCGAAAAACAAAAGCCCAAGCCUGGAAUGGACACAUGACAAGACUGCUGGCGUCUUGCACUGUGAAAUCACCCUCAAGUGGGUGCACAGGAUCUGAUCCGUCCAGGGAGGGGUGUCAACAGUGAUGCCAAACUGUCAUGGGGUGGGCAGGGGGGGUCAGGGUUCUACAGCUUCUGGGAAGCAAAAUGGACAAUGUAUACAACAUGUGUGUGAAUGUACGCGUGUGUCGGGGUGAUAUAAUACAGUAUGUGCGUGUGUAUUGUGUGACUGAGAGACAAAUGAGAUAUACUCCAUGCACUGGCUCUCUGCUGCAAUAUAGUAUAGAAAACAUAUAUUAUCAGCAAUGUAUGUGUGUGUGCGCGCGCUUAUGUGUGUGUGUGAGCAUGUGUUUGCCACUGUUUCAAAACAGCAGUUAUUACAGUAUCAACUACCCUUUCAUUAGUAGAUAUACACUAACAUUUUAAAGAGUUGGUGAACAAAUGACCGGGAGUCAUGUACGUAUGUAUGUAUGUAUUUGUUCGUACGUGUGUACACUUGUUUGUGUUGUUCAGGUUUGUUUUUGUGUAUCUGUGUAUGUGUUUGUGUGUGUGUGUGUGUGUGUGUGUGUGUGUGUGUGUGUGUGCCUUGCUGUCAGAGAGCGUGUAAAAGACUGAAAGGUGGCAGGAACACCUGAGGUUGAGGACGUAGGAGGGCGGACUGGUUUGUGAUUGAGAGUUGAAAAGCGCUGUAGUUAAGUAGAUUAGUGCAUAUAUCUGGCUAAUUUGAGGGGCUUUACAUGCCCAGAAUAAAAAGAAAGACCAACACACGGAAGGGCCAAAAUCCUCACAAUAAAGCUUGCUGAUCAACAGCCACACACAGGCUGCUCUGAAGAGAGAACAUGAGAAAACAGUGAUGGCUGAGACCAGUGUUUUAAGUAUGUUUUCAAAGUUUAUUUUUGUUUUCUUUUCUUUUGGAUCAUUUGGAAAUAGCCAUUAGCUAUUGUCUAUCAGAUGUCAUGAGCCAAUGCACCCUUGGGCAUGCUCACUUUUGGGAGAAAAGAAAAGAUGUGAUGGAUAGGAGAGGGAGGGAGAGGAAGUACCCGAGGAGGUCUUUUUUUAUAGAGGUGAAGAUAUUACAGGUUUUACUGUAAAGGAGCUGGAGAUUUGAGGGCUAGAGAACAGGGAUGGAGAUGGACUAUGUCGUGCUAAGAAGGAAAAAAAUAAAAUGACUGUCAGCUUCGUUGUUAAGUGUACUUCUGUUUCAGUGUUAACCUACAAAUGAAGUAAAAAAAACUAAGUAGUAACAAAACAUACAAUACCAUUUAUCUUCUAUGAUCCAAGAGCAGUUUUGUGUUGAAAUCUAAAACUGAUUUGCUCUGCCUUGUGUUGUGUUGUAAACCUUUGUGUACAUUAAAAGUGUAUGCCACCCAAAUAACGAUAACGCAUGACAAUGAACGUUAAUUUAAGCAUUCUUGUAUUUAUACCUCAAAUAUGUCAUUUUUUGUACCAUGUUAUUUUAUUGUAAAUGUUACGCUUUAAGUUACAUAAAUGAAAAUGUAAAUGGUUUAUCUUUUUUAUUAUUAAUAUUAUUUCUGUACAGAUUAAUCAUGGCCCGUGCACUAUUAAAUGUCUAAAACAUG